AAUAAAAAAAUGAAACAUGAAUAUACCCCAAGAGGACUUAAAUCUUGACAUUCUUUAAAGGGGGUGAGGAAUGAAAUGAAUGCUGGAUAAGGAUUUGUAGCAGAAGUUGAAGAGAAGGCCCACACGCCAAAAGGCCACGCGAAAGAGGGAGAAGUGAGGUUCACACUUUUUCUGAAUCACUGAAUCCUCAAAUUCUGAUUCAUAAUAAAAAAUAAGAAUAGUGAAAAUCUGGUGGUGUGGCCGCCGUGUACCAGUAGCACUUCCAAGCUCCACCACGCACGCCAACCAACAAAUACAAAACCACCGUAACCGAAUACUCUCACUCAGUGAGUCAGCGAGUGUGAUAGGAUAAGGUUGAAAGAUGUACAGGGACGUGUCCAGCUGCAACACCUACAACUACGGCGACGCCAUGUAUUGGGACGCUCGCUACGUUCAAGAAGGUGGUUCCUUCGAUUGGUACCAGCGUUACUCUGCUCUCAGGCCUUUUAUUCGCAAUUUCAUCCCUCUCUCUUCCAGCCUCUUAAUGGUUGGUUGUGGCAAUGCCGUUAUGUCAGAGGAUAUGGUCAAAGAUGGUUACGAGGACAUCAUGAAUAUUGAUAUUUCAUCAGUUGCGAUUGACAUGAUGAAGAGGAAAUAUGAGUACAUCCCUCAGCUAAAAUACAUGCAGAUGGAUGUCAGGGAUAUGAGCUUCUUUCCAGAUGAAUCUUUUGACGGUGUUAUUGAUAAAGGAACUCUCGAUUCAUUGAUGUGUGGUACCGAUGCUCCAAUUAGUGCUUCUCAGAUGCUUGCAGAAGUGUGUAGACUUCUAAAACCUGGAGGGACCUAUAUUUUGAUUACAUAUGGCGAUCCAACAGUAAGGAUGCCUCACUUAAGCAGACCUGUGUUCAAUUGGAAAAUUACGUUGUACAACAUCCCAAGACCAGGAUUUCAAAAGCCGGAAAGUAGUAAUCCAUCGAGAAAAUCAUUCUUGGAGCCCAUCCCUCUUACUGAGAAGGGCUUACUUCCUGCAGACUUGGUUCUAGAAGACCCAGAUUCUCACUAUAUUUAUGUCUGUAAAAAGAUAAAUGACACAGAGAUAGACAAUAUACCUACAUACCAAUUAACAGCUGACGUUUUAUAGCGCUGACUUACAUUGAAGCACCGAUGAAGGUAGUAUUUAUCGUCUUCACAAACUUUGAUGUGCAUCGUAGUCAUUUAAGUGGAUGCUCUUGUCAUCUGUACCACCGGGACAAGUUACCACCAUCAAUGUCUUGUUUGUAAUAGCAUUUUAUUCUCAUAAUUUAGAGUAAUGAAGUUAGCUCUUAGAGAUGAUUGAUAUUAUAAAAAUCUAUGAAGAAUCGGACAAAUCGACUGAUUAAUGUAUUAUUUUGCCCGUGAUUUUGUCUGAAUGAAAAUUGUGGUUGUAAUUGCAUCAA